CACAAAUGCAACAGACUUUAUAAAUGGGUAAACGACAGAUGCUUGAAGAGAAGUUACAGAAAAUGUCAAAAUAAUUUUCUCACAGAAAUGGUUGCGGAUGACAUCCUUUUUUGGAAACGUUGACUGUCCACUUCGCAGGACAAGAUUAUGUGCUUUGGGAAACAAACCAGUGCAGAAUGCAAUGUCAUGAGGAUCAGAUCACUAAUCUAAUAGAUUUUAUCUGUUCAUAACUCUAAACUUACAGAGUAAAAGGAACAUUCUUUAAAAAAGUUUUGCAGAACUUUGCCUGAUCUGCAAUGGAUUGCUAUGUUACAGGAUAUUUGUCUCUAUUUACAGCUUUAUUACAAUUUUCUGAGCCAUUUAAUGUGGAUGUAAAUGAUGGACUUUCAUUUAAAGGAUCUGUGGAGGACAUGUUUGGAUAUACAGUUCAACAAUUUGAAAAUGAGGAGGGGAAAUGGGUGCUGAUUGGUUCACCAUUGGAGGGUCAGCCUCGUCAAAGAACAGGGGAUGUAUACAAAUGUUCAGUGAAAUCACCAAAUAAUUGUAUGAAACUUAACUUAGCAAACUUUACAUCCAUUCCUGAUGUUUCUGAAGUAAAAGAAAAUAUGACCAUGGGAUCUACUUUAAUAAAAAAUCCAAAUGGGGGUUUUUUGGCAUGUGGACCACUUUAUGCAUAUAAAUGUGGAAGUUUGCAUUAUACAACUGGUAUAUGUUCAAAUGUCAGUUCUUCAUUCAAGGUUGUCAACUCUAUUGUUCCAUCAGUUCAAGAGUGCAGUUCACAGUUGGACUUAGUUAUAGUCCUUGAUGGGUCUGACAGUGUUCAUCCCUGGCCAAGUGUAAAUAAAUUUUUAGGAAAACUUUUAGAAAAAAUGAAUAUACACCCCAGUCUAACUCAGGUUGGUAUAGUUCAGUACGGUGAAAAUGUAACCCAUGAAUUUUACCUGAACACAUAUAAUUCAACAGCAAGUGUAUUAGAAGCAUCACAGAAGAUAAAACAAAGACGUGGGUCUCAGACUAUGACUGCUCUUGGGAUAGAGACAGCAAGAAAAGAGGCUUUUACAGAAAAAGCUGGAGCUCGAAAAGGAGUUAAGAAGCUCAUGGUGGUUGUGACAGAUGGAGAGUCGCAUGACAAGCACAGAUUAAAAGACGUUAUAGAUGACUGUGAAAAGGAUGGAAUAGAAAGGCUUUCUGUUGCUAUUCUUGGUUAUUACAACAGAGGAAACAGAAGUACGGACAGGUUAAUUGAAGAGAUAAAAUCAAUUGCAAGUGAACCAAAAGAAACACACUUCUUCAAUGUGUCUGAUGAACUGGCACUUUCAACUAUUGUCGAAUCACUGGGAGAAAGAAUAUUUGCUCUUGAAGCUACAAGUGAAAAGAAUGCAACCUCCUUUGAAAUGGAAAUGUCACAAACUGGACUGAGUGCGCAUUAUUCUAAGGACUACGUGAUGCUUGGUGCUGUUGGAGCAUAUGAUUGGAAUGGAACCGUAGUCAUGCUGAAAUCUGAUACUUUUUUAGUACCCAGCCAAUAUGCAUUCAGAACAAAAACUGAGGAAAGAGAUGAAAUGCUGGCAGCUUACCUUGGCUACACUGUCACCUCUGCCUCCAUUCGUGGAGAAGAACUCUACAUUGCUGGACAGCCACGAUACAAUCACAGUGGGCAGGUUAUCAUUUAUAAAAUGAAUGGAAAAAACAUUGAAAUACUGCAGACAUUAUAUGGUGAACAAAUUGGUUCAUAUUUUGGAAGUGUCCUCACCACAGUGGAUGUGGAUGGUGAUUCACUAACAGAUAUUCUUCUUGUUGGUGCACCUAUGUUUAUGGGAAUCGAUAAAGAAGAACAAGGGAAGGUUUAUGUGUAUAAUAUCCAUGAGAAAACAUUUGAGCACGAAAUGAGCCUGGAACCUGUGAAUCAAAAAUGCUGCUCCACAAUUUUAGAUGUUAACUGUAACUCUAUCAAAGACAAUGAACCAUGUGGAUCUCGCUUUGGAACAGCUAUAACAUCUGUAAAAGAUCUAAAUCUGGAUGGAUUUAAUGAUGUAGUCAUAGGAGCUCCAUUAGAAGAUGAUCAUCGUGGAGCUGUAUACAUUUAUCACGGAAGUGGAAAAUCUAUCAAGAAGACCUAUGUUCAGCGUAUAAGUUCUGGGGGUGAUGGAAAAAAGAUUAAGUUUUUUGGACAAUCCAUUGAUGGCGAACUGGAUCUAAAUGGAGAUGGACUUACUGAUGUUACUAUUGGAGGGAUUGGAGGUGCAUCCCUUUUUUGGUCUCGUGAUGUAGCCGAAGUACGUGUUUCAAUGCAAUUUAACCCUGAAACAAUAAACAUUGAGAAGAAGAACUGUGAGGUUAAAAAUAAAAACACAGUUUGCAUAUUUGCCCGUUUUUGUUUUAAUAUAAGCUUAAAGUCUGCUGAGGACAAAGAUGAGAACUUAGAAAUUGAAUAUAAAAUCAUACUUGAUGCACACAGGCAUUCAUCACGAACCUUUUUCAGUGAAAGCCAUGAGCGGAAGAUACAAAGAACAAUUUUGGGAAAUAAUUGUGUGAAUCAGUCUUUCUACGUGGUGGACAAGCCAGAUUUUGUUAACUCUGUAAACGUGUCUGUGGAAUUUAAUUUUCCAAAUCCAGAAAAAGGUCCAGUUCUCAGUAGUGAACUCCCGAACAUUAUCAAUGGAUAUAUUCCUUUCACAAUGGACUGUGGAGAAAAGAAGAAAUGUAUUGCAGACCUUGUCCUGGAUGUCAAAAUACACGAGGAUAGUGUCAGUUUAAACCAAACAAUUAUAAAAUCCAACAAAGACAAGUUUAAUGUGACUUUGACUCUGAAGAACAUAAAGGACAGUGCAUAUAAUACCAGAGUCACAGUAAAAUAUUCCCAGAACAUUAAUUUGGCAGGGAUAGAGGAUAAACAAAAAGAAAAUUGUGACUAUAACACAUCUGUGAAUACUGAUCUUCUAUGCAAAGUUGGAUAUCCAUUUUUAAGAAGAAAUGAAGUGAUUUCAUUCAAAAUAACACUUGAAUUCAAUGUUGCUCACCUGUUGGACAGUGCUUUCAUAUUUGUCAGUGCCACAAGUGACAGUGAAGAACAUCCUGCAACUCUAGCAGAUAACAGAAAAAAUAUCACAUUUCCAGUAAGAUAUGAAACCGGGCUAAUAUUUACAAGCUCCACAAAAGAGAUCCUUGUCACAAUUGCAGCAAACGAAUCCAUAUCAGACGUGAUCAAUUCCACAGAUGUCAUUGGUCCUGAAGUUAAUAUAAGUUAUAUGAUUAAUAGACAUAUCGAUUUGUUGAAACCAACUAUAAGAUUCCAGCUUUCAUUUCCUUACAAAACUCCAGAUACUAACAUACUCCUUUAUCUCACUGAUGUGUCAUCAACCUCUGGAACCAGUUGCAAGACUGAUCACCUCUUGGACCCAUUAAGAAUACUUCCAGGACAAUCAUACAUAAUGCCUAAAUUUACCGAAACUUUAAGAGAUACAAUAUUGGACUGCAAGAGAAGUAAUUGUUCAUAUUUCUACUGUACUGUGGAACCUGCUACUAUUACCCAAGUAAAUGUCUCAUUCAGAAUAUGGAAAUCCACUUUUAUUAAGGCAGGUAUUCACAGCCUGAAUUUGAUCCUCAAUGCUCAGCUUCAAAGUGAAAAUCCAUUAAUAGUCUUAAAUAAAGAGAGUCAAAAUUAUGAGACAAUGAUUAAAAUAUCCAGAGAGCUGGAGCACGGCAGAGUACCUUUCUGGGUUAUUCCACUAAGUAUUAUUAUAGGACUGCUCCUUCUAGCCCUCAUCAUAUUUGCAAUGUGGAAGUCUGGCUUUUUCAAAAGACCUCUGAAGGAGAAGAUGGAAGAAUAAAAGUCACGAGUUUACAAAGUGUUGAUACUUGAAAAUAGUUACAUGAACUAUAACAGAUGGUUUAUGUAAUGAAAUAACUUUAUUAUUACUGUCAGUAUUGGUGCUUUUGGCAUUUUAUAAUAUUUUGGGGCAAUAAAAAGUAAUGGUUCAAACUAAAAAAAAAUCUUCAAAUUAUGCUGUGGACAGAUAGGAAUAUGGUUACAGAGAGGUAUUUAAAAAUAUAGAAAAAUUAACAUAAUGUCUUCAACAAAGUACCCGCUAACCAUGUUUUGUGAGCGGUCCAGUACUGUGAACAUUUAUGAAAACAUCUUUCAACAUUUACAGCUCACAACUUGCAACAUAAUAUAUUAGGUCCAGAUUUGUAUUCAGCAUAGUCACUUGGAUAUUUAUUUUUAAAAAUAGUUUAUAAUUUUACCUUGAAUUCAGGAUCUAUUCACUAGUGAUACACAUGGGUGGACCUACAACUGGAUCUUUUCCCCUGAUUUGUAAACAUUUCUAGAAACAUAUGUGCUAUGAAAUUGCAUUAAGAAAAAAAACGUGUUUU